CGCAGGUACAUAUCAGUGUCAGUACCGGGCGUCUUGGCCAGGAAUGCCAUCCAAGGAGAGUGAUCCUGUGGAGCUGGUGCUGACAGGUGUGGGCCCUGGGGACAGCAGGUGGCUCUGGUUGAUCCCAACAGGACCGUGUCCCACAGCUGUACCCUCCGUUCAUGCGGAUCGACAUUUCCUGCCUCCCAGCAUUUCCCUGAGCCCUGAGGAAUGUGUGGAGAUAGGGACCAAUGUCACCAUCCAGUGCUGGAACAAGGACUAUGGGGCCACCUUCCUCCUGCACAAGGACGGCUGCUCAGCCCCCAUCCAGCGCCAGCACCUCCAUGUGGUGGGCACAGCCACCUUCACCAUCUUUGGGGUGACCCCAGCUGACAGCGGCACCUACAACCCCUGGGCUUACCCCUUUGUGUCCUCACCCCUUGGCAAUAAUGUGACUCUGGAGGUGACUCCCACACCUGCACCCCCAGGUGCUGCAGACAGUUCCCAUGGGAACCCGGUGGUGGCAGUGGCUGGGGGCUGCACUGCUGCCUUUGUCUUCAUCCUCAUCCUUGUCGUCCUCUUCCUCCUUGCUGCCCGCAGACGUCGGAUACGGAGAGAUGAGAGCCCUGGUGCCCCUGCAGAAAAGCCUGAGGACAUGGAGUUCCAGGUAAGCGUCUGGGUCAGGGGACCCCAAACCCCAGCCUGACCCUUGGAACACCUCCUGAUCCCAUUUAGAGUCCCAACCCCUGUCCAUGGGGACCCCAGGGGAUCCACAGCCUCAUACAGUUUGCCUUAAUGUGAAGCACAUCCCCCCAAACCCAGACCAUGAGGAACUCCACAUCCGCACUGUGGAGACACCCAAAUCUGAGCCCUCAGAUGCCCCUGGCCCCUCCAAAACUUAAAUACCCCUCAGACCCCGUGGGGCACUUUCACACCCUGUAGGAAGAACCCCAAACAUCACUUGUGGGGCGUUUCUCCAGGAGCCAACUGGGGACCCCCAUGGUGAAACUCUGCCUUCCCACUGU